AUGCUGCGACUAACUCGAUCGGUGAAAAACCUGAGUCUGGGCGCCGUGCGGUUCCAGUCAACACAGGCUCCUCGACAGCCCAAAAACAUGUUUGUGCGAGAGGCUGAGCGGGCUGAGCGAGACGCACAGGAAGCCCAGAAGUGGAGAGGAGGAAAGAAGCACCUGAAUUUUGGUGUGGACAUGAGCAUCUCCGAGACACCUCGCGGCGCGGCCGAGAACGUGCGAGUUGCCCCCGCAACGGCUCUUCAGUACACUGGUCGAGGAGCUCAUGAGCAGACCAUGGAGGUCGUGAACCGAGUCCGACGUCAGUACGAGUUCCUUCCUAGAAACCGAGAGGGUGUUUCUCCCCCUAAUUUCGUGACCCGAAUCACUUACCUGACCAUGCUUGGUUCUUCCGAGCCCGUUUCCGGCCCCCAGCAUACUGAGCUCACCAAGGCUCUGGCCGAUCUGUACUACAUUGACAACCAGCUCAAGCCCCAGGUGGUGAAGGAUCUACUGCGUCGAUUCUCGCGAAAGAUUGAUACCGACGCAGAGUCCGGCGAGAUCGAGACUCUGGACGAGCAGGGACGAGCUGUGACCCGAGGUCGACGAAAGACCUCUUCUGCACGAGUCAUUGUCACCAAGGCUCCCGAGGGAACCGUCGGUGAAGUCCGAGUCAACGGUCUGUUGCUGUCCCAGUAUUUCAAGGAGCUUCAGCAUCGAUCCGAGGUGCUGUUCCCUCUGUCGGUCGUCCAGUCCGAGGGCAAAUACAACGUGUUUGCUACUGUCCUCGGUGGAGGCAACUCUGGCAAGGCCGGCGCUAUUUCUCUGGGCAUUGCUCGAGGCAUUAUUGUCCACAACCCCCUGCUCCGAAAGCGACUGUCUAAGGCCGGAUGUCUGACUCGAGACGCCCGUACCAAGGAGCGAAAGAAGCCUGGUCUCCGACGAGCCCGAGCCGCCCCUACCUGGGUCAAGCGAUAA